AUGCAACGCGCUCGGCAUCGUCUUGCCCGAGUUACUAGGAGCGGGCACCAAAUUCGUUUUAUUUUUUCAAAUGUGCAGUUCACCAAUUUCGAGCAGGAGCACAUUCACGCAUUCAAGGUGUUUGCUAUCCAGAAGCUCGAGGGCCCUCAGUUGGAUACCAACCAGGCAAUUGUGAGCUUUAAGAAGCGUUUUGGCGCAACUAUAUUCGCUGACGAUGGCUAUCUCCUGCGUUGCCUCAUCGGUAACAACUACAAGUACCAGGCAGCGUUGGAUGACAUGAAAGAGAAUCUACAAUGGCGCAAGGCUACACUACCCAUCCAUCGUUCUGAGAUUGAGGGCGUCUUGGCCCGUGGAAUCAUCUACAUUCACGGCCGUGACAACUGCAUGCGACCUAUUGUGGUUAUCCAGUUGCGCAACGUGGCUAAGGUCCAACCUGAGCUUGUCCUGCGUUGCAUUUUCUUCACGCUCGAGCUGGCCAUUAACAAGCUGAUGAUCCCCGGACGCAUUGAGCAGUGGAAGGUCAUAAUUGACAUGAGCGGCACCAACCUUUUGGGUUUGCAGGUGUCGUUGAUUAAGCAGAUUUGCCGUGCACUGACGGUGAACUACCGCGGCCGCCUGUCCCAGAUGUUCCUGAUAAACGCUCCGUACAUCAUAUCGGGUCUCUGGGGACUUGUGAAGAACGUGUUGCCGGAAGUGACUCAAGAAAAGAUCCAGAUAAGUUCUGGCAGGAACACUAAGAAGAUGCUAGAGACGGUGGAUCCCUCCCAGCUCGAAAGGAAGUUUGGCGGAGAAGCCGCUAACGUUACGGUGUAUGACCUUCCCGUAAUGCCGGAAAUGUAG